GUGAGCGGGUCGGACUUGAGGAUCCUUGUUGGCUGAGUCAGGUGGGACGUGAAUCCGGUUUUAAUCUGCUGCAUACGAGGGCUUAGCUGCGUUUACAAGAUGCCGAAGAAGAAGACCGGCGCGCGCAAGAAGGCGGAAAGUCGCAAAGAACGAGAGAAACAAAGCCGUGCAAACAGAGAGCAGAUUGAUGUUGCCAAACACCCGUGCAACUCCUCCAUGGAAUGUGACAAGUGUGAACGACGACAGAAAAAUCGAGCCUUCUGUUACUUCUGCUCUUCAGUGCAGAAACUUCCGAUGUGCGCCCAGUGUGGUAAAACGAAGUGCAUGAAAUCCUCGGACUGUGUCAUAAAACAUCCUGGUGUUCACAGCACUGGAAUGGGCAUGGUGGGUGCAAUAUGUGACUUCUGUGAAGCCUGGGUGUGCCAUGGGAGAAAGUGUUUGAGUACACAUGCCUGCUCCUGUCCUCUGACGGAUGCAGACUGCAUUGAAUGUGAACGUAGUGUUUGGGAGCACGGAGGACGCAUUUUUCGCUGCUCGUUCUGUCACAAUUGCUUAUGCGAGGACGACCAGUUCGAGCACCAGGCCAGCUGUCAGGUGCUGGAGGCCGAGACUUAUAAAUGUGUUUCAUGUAAUCGACUUGGCCAGCACUCCUGUCUCAGAUGCAAGGCCUGCUUCUGUGAUGAUCAUGCACGUAGCAAAGUGUUUAAGCAAGAGAAAGGCAAGGCACCACCAUGCCCCAAGUGUGGCCACCAAACCCAGGAGACCAAAGACCUCAGCAUGUCCACUCGCACUCAUAAGUUUGGCCGACAGAGCGGAGCCGAUGACUACAGUUACGAUUACGGAGCCUCUGGAUACGACUCCUACUGGAAAAACUCUGCUGCGGGUGGAACUGGAGACCUCGAGGAAGAUGACGACGGAGACGACGAGUACUACGAAGAUGAAGAUGAGGAUGAGGAUGAAGACGAUGAGGAGGAGGAAGAGGAGGAGGGUGUUGAUGAGGCUGAAGUGGUGGAUAAGCUUAAUGACAUGAGUCUGGGCACCAGUUCGGCUAGUGGAAACGUCCAUUAGUGUUAAAUAAAGGCGUGGUCAUUCUGAUUUACAGCUUAUUUUAUCUGAUCUUACAAAAUUUAUUUCGUCUCGUUUGUGUUUUGGAACUAAACUGUCUUUAAAAAACUGUCUGUGUAGCACAUUCUUUGUAGAGCCUUGUUCAGCUGCUCAAAACAGAUGUGGAAGCAGAUGUGUACUUCUCUGACUAAAAGCCUAUCAUUAAAAUGGAAUACAUUUUUCUCUGA